UUCUCAUCCAUAGAUAUUUUAUAUUCUGCUCUCCUUCUCCGAUGCCUUAAUUUUCUUAAGGAAUAUCACAUGUGUUUAAGAGUUAGGCGUUCGAUUCAAUCUAAGGAUAGGGAUAGUACUAACCUGUUUAUUUUUUUAUGGAAUAAAUAACUAACACUGUUUGUUGUUCUUAAUUGACCCAACCCAAGGGCAAGCCUUUUAUGCUCUAAUUGGCUGCUGAGGAAGACCCUACUUUGAACUCUCUAUCUCUGCCUUUUCACAACUUUGUUCCAUUUUUCAUCCACUUCGCCACGUUUGCAAUGCUUUUUUUGUACAUAGAUGGUGCCGUGUUUAAUUUAUACUCCAUGAAAUACAUGGGCCAUGCUUGAUACAUUGUUAUCAGUUCUGCAUCACGUAUUUGACUAUUUUGUAUUGCCUUCUUAGGAACUUUGCAUAUAAAUGUUCACAACAUUGUUAUUGUUGCAAUUUGGUCCUUAAUUUUCUAGCAAUCAUUUCAUAAUUUAUGUAUUGAUUUGAUAUUGUAAUAAAUCUGUUCAUAACCAGAUUUGAAUAAAAUCUGAAUUAUGACCAUUGGUGAUAGACUAUUUCUAAAUGGGCAGAUGUUUCACUGUCCAUGGGGGGCAUGGGCACCUUCGUAACCAAAGAAGGACACCUUCACAGGAGUAAGUUAUGUGAAAAAGGAAAAAUCGCCUGAGGUGGUUCAAACACUAUGGAAUCCUGCAAUUGUAUUGACCCACAAGUGCCAGCUGAUGACUUAUUGAUGAAAUACCAAUAUAUCUCUGAUUUCUUCAUUGCCCUUGCUUAUUUCUCAAUCCCUUUGGAGCUUAUCUACUUUGUUAAGAAAUCAGCAGUAUUUCCAUAUAGAUGGGUCCUUGUUCAGUUUGGUGCUUUCAUUGUUUUAUGUGGAGCAACACAUCUAAUUAAUUUAUGGACAUUUAGAAUUCAUUCAAGAACUGUGGCUGUUGUAAUGACCACUGCUAAGGUUUUAACUGCUGUGGUAUCGUGUGCAACUGCCCUCAUGCUGGUACAUAUUAUUCCUGAUUUAUUAAGUGUUAAAACUAGGGAAUUAUUUUUGAAGAACAAGGCUGCAGAGCUUGAUAGAGAAAUGGGCCUGAUUCGCACACAAGAAGAAACUGGUCGACAUGUUAGGAUGUUGACUCAUGAGAUUAGAAGCACUCUUGAUAGACACACAAUAUUGAAAACGACUCUUGUUGAACUGGGUAGAACUUUGGCACUAGAGGAAUGUGCGUUAUGGAUGCCAACACGAACUGGUUUGGAGCUUCAACUCUCUUACACAUUGCGACAGCAGAACCCAGUUGGAUACACAGUACCCAUUCAUCUUCCUGUUAUCAAUCAAGUAUUUAGUAGCAACAGGGCAGUAAAAAUUUCACCUAAUUGUCCAGUUGCUAGAUUACGACCUUAUGCUGGAAAAUACAUGCCUGGGGCAGUAGUAGCUGUUCGAGUUCCUCUCCUACAUCUUUCUAAUUUCCAAAUAUAUGAUUGGCCUGAGGUUUCGACAAGAAGUUAUGCUUUGAUGGUUUUGAUGCUUCCAUCAGAUAGUGCUAGGCAAUGGCAUGUGCAUGAGUUAGAACUGGUUGAGGUAGUCGCUGACCAGGUAGCUGUUGCUCUUUCACAUGCUGCAAUCUUAGAAGAGUCAAUGAGGGCAAGGGAUCAGCUCAUGGAGCAGAAUGUUGCAUUGGAUCUAGCAAGAAGAGAAGCAGAAACUGCAAUUCGUGCUCGUAAUGACUUUUUGGCUGUUAUGAACCACGAGAUGAGAACUCCCAUGCAUGCAGUUAUUGCACUCUCUUCAUUACUACAGGAAACAGAUUUGACGGCUGAGCAACGUCUGAUGGUGGAGACAAUAUUGAAAAGCAGCAAUUUGUUGGCUACCCUCAUCAAUGACGUUUUGGAUCUUUCACGGCUUGAAGAUGGCAGUCUUCAACUUGAAGCAACAACAUUUAACCUCCAUUCUUUGUUCAGAGAGGUCCUUAACUUGAUUAAGCCUGUUGCAUCUGUUAAAAAGUUAUCACUCACUUCACAUAUAGCCUCAGAUUUGCCAAUGUAUGCCAUUGGUGAUGAAAAACGUCUCAUGCAAACUAUUCUGAAUGUUGUUGGUAAUGCUGUGAAGUUCUCAAAAGAGGGCUGCAUUUCCAUCUCUGCUUUCGUUGCAAAGCCUGAAUCCUUUAGAGAUGCUAGAAUUCCUGACUUUCUUCCAGUGCUAAGUGAUAACCACUUUUAUUUGCGAGUACAGGUAAAAGAUUCAGGAUCAGGAAUUAAUCCACAAGAUAUCCCAAAGAUAUUCACUAAGUUUGCACAAAACCAAUCGUUAACAACAAGAAAUCCUGCUGGAAGUGGACUUGGCCUGGCAAUUUGUAGGAGGUUUGUAAAUCUUAUGGAAGGACAUAUUUGGGUUGAAAGCGAAGGUAUUGGUAAAGGAUGUACAGUCACUUUUAUUGUAAAACUUGGAAUCCCAGACCGAUCAAAUGAAUUUAAGCUACCUUUUGUACCUAAAGUACCGGGAAAUCAUGGAUCUACAAACUUUGCUGGGCUCAAAGUUCUUGUCACGGAUGACAAUGGGGUUAGCAGGACAGUAACAAAGGGACUUCUUAUGCAUUUAGGAUGUGAUGUAACCACAGCAAGCUCAAGUGAAGAAUGUCUGCGUGUUGUUUCUCUGGAACAUGAAGUGGUCUUCAUGGAUGUUUGUGCAGGGUUAGAUGGUUAUGAACUUGCAAUCCGCAUACAUGAAAAGUUUACUAAACAUCAAGAUAGACCACUAAUAGUUGCUCUUACUGGAAACACCAAAAAGGUAACAAAAGAAAACUGUAUGAGGGUUGGUAUGGAUGGCCUUAUAUUGAAACCUGUUUCUGUUGACAAAAUGAGGGGUGUUUUAUCAGAACUAUUGGAGCGCCGAGUUCUGUUCGAAACUGUUUAACCUGUUAGAUUGUUGUAUAUAGCUACAUCAAAUUUGGAGAAACACAAACUUAUGAAAACAUGAGGCAAUUGACAUUAAUUUUCAUCCUUUUUGCUUUUAUGAGAUCCCGGCGAAAGGAACAACGAUUGAGUCUACGUUGUUAAAUCAUUUUUUAUGAACAGAAGUUCGUAUAUGUUGUAUAUUCUGCAUUUUUAUAGCAGUCUUUCAAUGUUUUUCAA